AAAAGACACAAUUAGGAGAAUAAACAAGCUGCAACCCUGGAAAAAUAUCUUUGCAGCCAUAAAACUGAGAAAGGAUUUAUAUCCAAGACAUGUAAAGAGCUCCUACAAAUUGACACUAAAAAUAAAAACAUUCCAAUUACAAAAUGGGAAAAGCCUUCAACAGACUCCUAGGACACAAAGAUAUACAAAUGGCCAAAAAAGCAGUUGAAAAAGUGCUCAAACCAUUAGUCCUCAGGGAAAUGGCACCUACAACCACAGGGAAAUAUGAUUUCAUACAUACGAGAACAGUUCAAAUAAAAACCCGAUGUUCCAGUUACCUGUUGCUGCGUAUCUUAUCACCCCAAAACUUCAUAAUGUCAACUAUUAUAGUCAUUUUAUUAUUUCUCACAAUUUCUUUGAGUCAAGAACUCAGGAAGGGCUUGGCUGGGUGAGACUGUGUGGCGGGCAGUGGUUUCUCCUGCUGCUGCAGACUAUGGCUGGAUGUGGUAAAGUGGGAACUGGAGCAGCUGGGGCAUCUCCCCCCCCCCCCCCCCAUCGUUUUAUGGUCUUUCCAUGUGGUCUAGUUUGGGCUUCUUCACAGCACGGCAGCGUCGAGGCACUCAGACUUCCUUCCAGGGGCUCAGGUCUCCAAGGCUAACAAGGAUGCUGUUGCAUUACAUUUUAUGAGCCAGCUAAGAAGCCACAGCAUCACUUUCAGCACAUUCCAUGAGUUACAAGUGAGUCAACCAAUCCACCCAGAUGGAAGGGGAGUGGAAUUAGACUCCAUCUCUUGAUGUGGAACUGGCAAGAUUCUUCAAGCCCGAGGCGGGAUAGGAGCUAUUACUGCAGCCAUUUUUGGAGAAUACAAUCUGUGGUGGAAAAACGUGUCGAGAAAAGCAGAUCACACCAGGCCUUGGAAGACACAAUAAAGUUCAGUCUUGAUGGGUGUUGUGACGGGGACCUACCGCAGGGCUUGAAGCAAGAGUGAAUUUAGCCAACUGUCUUUAAAAGUUCGUUGCAGCAGGUGUGUGGACAAAGAAUUUGUGAGGAGGGCUUGGAAACGGGGAGACCAUCAUUUAGGACGGGGGUGCAGAAGUUCCAGGGCCGGGCAUGGCCGUGAGUCCCCGCCCGGUCAGCGUCGCGGCAGGAGGGCCGCCAGGUUUCGGUCCGUCCAGCUGUUUUGUUCACUGAGAACCACGGAGAAGCAAGUCUGUUUAAGACGUGUUGGGCUCAAAAGGCCGUGGUAGACGUACGAGACUGGAACCGGCGAUAUAAAAAUUUAGCAGACUACCAACGGCAUUUUAAAAGGCACAGAUGAGGACUUACGGGUCAGGCCAAGCUGCAGAAACUCUCUGCUCACUCCGCCCUGACGCACCUGGGACUGGGCCAGGGUCUCACGCAGACCGAAGGGCGCAUGCGCACACCUACGCUCCCGGGCGGCCCCUGGGCGGCAGCUCCCCGAUUGCGCACGCGUGGUGUGCGGCGGUCGCCAUGGAGACGCGUGGCGCCGCGGGGGCGUUUUGCUCCUGCGGGGGCGUUUUGCUCCUGCGGCGGCGGGCUUGGCGGCAGGGGCUGUGGGGCUGUCCCAGGCUCAGGUGGCGGCCCUGAGGGCUGAUGGACGGCCGCGGGGGAGUAGGGGCGUCGGGGUUCGCCGAGGAGGCCGUGGACGACGAAGAGGACCGAGAGGGUGGCCCUGCGGGCUCUCACGGAGCCAAACUGCCCCCCAUCGCCGGCAACGCCUCAGAAGUGAGCAAACGGAAAGUGAAGAAGAAAAAGAAGAAGAAGACCAAGGGGCCCGGCAAGGGGGACGCAGAUAAACAUCAGAGUCGAGGCCUGAAGAGUCAGCAGCUGUCCUCAUCCUUUCAUGACAUCUUAAGUCCCGGCAAAGAUCAUGGCCCAAGGCAAGAGCACAAACAGGACAAGGAUGAAACCAAGCCCAUCCCCCCUUUCUCCUCCACUGUAAACCUCACCCAUUUUGCUGAAAUAGAAGAGAGCCUCUCCAACCAGAUCAACGAAAGUCUGCGUUGGGAUGGAAUUCUCGCUGACCCAGAGGCUGAGAAAGAAAGGAUUCGCAUAUAUAAACUGAACCGGAGGAAGCGUUACCGGGUUUCGGCCCUCAAGGGCUUCCACCCUGAGCUGUGUGACGUGGAGAACCCGGAGAACUUACCCUACCUGUCAGAUAAAGACAGCAGCACCGAGGGCAGGCAGCCCCGACUGAAAGCCGGUCGCCCCAGUCACUUCUUUGAAGGAACCCUCACUCCAAAUCUCCUGCACUCUGACUUGGCUGCUGCUCUGCCAGAGUGAAAAUCCACUCCUGACACUGACAAGUUUACACUGUAUCCUCACUACAAAUUUUUGUGUUAAAAAAGAAUAAUAAUAAAAGGAAAUCAGACUCUC